CACCGUCUUCCUCUUCAUCUUUUCCUUUUUUCCUCACGAAUCUCUGUGAGCUUCAUCUUAGCAUAAACCCUAAGAUCGAACUCAGCCUCUCUCUCUAUCUAUCCCAUAUUACCGGAUCCUCACAUCUCAAAAUUACUAAUUUACUCCUCACGAAGAUCGAAAUCAUAAUCUCUCUCUCUCGCAAUGGAUCCGUUAUCGGUGCUCAAGGACUUCACGACGCGCGGAGACCUGGAUAAAAUCGAGCGGGUCGGAGCCAAUUACCGAUUCGGAUCGGGUUACUCCUUCCCCUGCGCGACGGAGACGGCGUACAGAUCCAAAGGCGGAAGCCUCUACACUCUAGAAGCCUUAGUCCACUACGUGAAGAACCACCACCUCAAACUCGGCGAGUACAUGCAAUCCACCGUCAAAAACUCCGUCCCCGCCGUAACCUUACCGGAUCGGAAGCCUCUCCUCGACUACCUCACCGGGAGAGUAGCCUCCUCCGACUCGAUCGACUACCUCCUGCUCCAGCAGCAGAACGCGCAGAGCCAGAAGCAGAACGAAGAGUACAGACCCGAUCAAGACAACUCGGCCUUCGUCUCCCGAGAAAACGCAAUCGAAGAGGCCGACGGUUACGGCAAAUCGUCCGGCGGAGAGGACGUUGAUUACAUUAUGCUGAUUCGGUCCAACGAGAGGCCGUUGAAGAGUCGAGACGCGAUCCUCGAGUGCAAGAACAGAGAUUUCCACAGCGUGUUGGUGAAUUCGACCAAGAGGGAAGAGGAGAGGCAGAGGAUCGAGUCUCACCAGAGGAAAGACGGUUUGGUCGCGAAGAGUAGGUUGAUGGGUGCUGAAGAGAGAGGCAUUGUAGGGUUCACCGGCGGCGGGGGAGAUGAUUCUGGUUAUGAUGCUAACCCUAAGUCUAAGCUUAGGAAGAUUGGGGAAGGUGUGCCGAUUAUUCUUGUCCCGAGUGCGUUUCAGACGCUGAUUACUAUUUACAAUGUGAAGGAGUUUCUUGAGGAUGGGGUUUAUAUACCGAAUGAUGUUAAGGCUAAGGAGAUGAAAGGGGUGAAGCCGGAUUGUAUUACGGUUCAGAAGAAGUUUAGUAGAGAUAGGGAGAGGGUUGUGACUGCUUAUGAGGUUAGGGAUAAGCCUUCUGCUUUGAAGCCUGAUGAUUGGGACCGUGUUGUUGCGGUUUUCGUGUUGGGGAAGGAUUGGCAGUUCAAGGAUUGGCCUUUCAAGGACCAUGUUGAGAUUUUCAAUAAGAUAAUUGGGUUCUUCUUGCGGUUUGAAGAUGAUAGUAUUGAAUCAGCCAAGACGGUGAAGCAGUGGAAUGUGAAGAUUAUCUCGAUUAGUAAGAACAAGAGGCAUCAAGACAGGGCUGCAGCAUUAGAAGUGUGGGAAAAACUUGAGGAGUUUGUUCGGUCUCGGUCACAUUCUUAGCAUCUAGCAGCUGUAGAAAGCCACUUUAUGUAUCAAUUUUCAUUCUUGUUUUUGAUUAUUUUUAUACCUUCUGUAACAUUAGCAAGAUAAACAUGUUAUGCAGUGCAGUUGUUUCCAUUA